AUGGAAGACGAGAUGCGGCAUUUUUGCCAAGCGCAUUUUCGUUUCGUGCUUGCCUUUUGUUGUGUGCCUUUCUUUGGUUUAUUGCAAUGUGUAUCAAGACUUGACAAAUUGGAACGACUAAUGUCUUUGUGUGCUCACAUGCGUUUUGAAGCCACUUGGAUUCUGGUGCUUAUCUAUUGUGUGACUUUCUUUUGUUUGGUGCAUUAUAUAUCGAAGCAUGACGAUCUCGAACAACUAUCAAGAGCGAGUGGUUCAGAACAUGAUUUCAAGUUCUCUCAUUUCAAUCAGACAUUCUUUGCGACUGACGUGCUCACAACAUAUCCUAUCAAGCUCGAAGAACGGAUGAAAUGCAAUGUUGAUGCGAAAGCAUCACCUAAGCUAAUUCUUUCUUGGAACGCUGGAUUUUCGCAGGAAAAUCUGGGCGGAUGUCCUGAUUGGAACUGCAGAUUGAUCGAUGACAAGGACAAGAUCAAGGAAGACGAUGCGGUGUGA